AUGGCUGAUGCUACGCGCCCACUAUCCCCCAACGCUGGCCCCGACAACCCCACACUCCCCGACCUACCCUCUGGCUGGAUAGCUCAAUGGGACUCGAGCUCCCGCAAGUAUUACUACGUCCAGAUCAGCACCGGUGUCUCGCAGUGGAACAUACCAACCAGCGCAGCACCCGCACCACGUACUUCGGCAACUCAUACACCAGCACAACCUACAAAUCCGUAUCCGAUGCCUCAAGAUCAGCGAAUUGGUGGAAGCGGGGAUGGUAUAGUGAGGGGGCCUGAUGGCUCGGCGACGUAUGCUCCGGAUGGCAAGACUGGGGACUCUGAUCGAAGCCUCGGUGGCAUGGCCAUGAACAUGCUCGCAGGACAGGGAAACAAGCAACAGAAGGGAUCUGGUGGUCUUGGAGGCCUCGCGUCAUCCUUCCUUGGCAGCGGGUCGCAUGGAAGUGCACACGGUAGCGGUGGACACGGCGGCUCGGGCAAUCUCGUGGGUCAGCUUGCUGGUGGUCUACUCGGAAGCAACAAGCCCCAUCAGCAGCAGUCAGGACAUGGUGGUCCGGCUGGCGGUCUUGGACAGCUUGCCGGCAGCCUUCUUGGAGGCGGCCAGAAGCCUCACCAGCAAGGGCAAGGACACGGUGCCUCUGCUGGCGGACUAGGUGGUUUGGUGGGCGGCCUUAUCGGCGGACAGCAUGGCUCGAAACCGCAGCAAAACUACGGCUAUUCUUCUUCCGGCCAGGGCUCUUCCGGUACCUAUUCCGGCCAAGCACCGCCAGCACAAUACCAGCCGCCAGGCCAGGGCGGAGGCUAUAACCCCUCACCUGCACCGCAGCAGCAUCAGGGCCAAUAUGGCCAACAACACGAUCAAUACGGCCAAGGCUCCUACGGCGCGUCUGCGUCGUAUGGCGGCGCCCCACCGCCGCACCAGCAGCAGAGUUACGGCCAGCAGCAAUAUCCUCCACCGCCAACCCAGCAGGGCGGAUACGGUGGUCCGCCUCAAGCUGGGUAUGGCGGCCCCCAGUCACAAAGCCAGUACGGUCAGCAGGUGCAUGGAGGCUAUGGCGGAACGCCGUCACAUCAGCAGCAAGGUCAACCCGGACAGCAGCAGAGUUACGGCAAACCGCACGACCAAUACGGCCAGGGCGGCCAGGGCGGUUAUGGCCAGUACCCGCCUUCCUCCGGCCCAUACGGGUCGCAGGGUCAGGGACAGCAAUACCCGCCACCGCCUGGAGGGCAGAGCUAUGGUGGCCAGCAGCAACAUGGUCAUCAGCAAGGCGGCAACCCAGGUUACCCUGGCCAGCAGGGCGGGUAUGGGGGUGGCGCACCGCCCGCGCCUGGGUGGUAG